CACAAUGAAACGCCAUUUUACUAUGCCUCUCUAACUUUUUUGUGCAUUUUAACUCUCGUGUGUUUGUGCUAUACAUAUUUUAAAUAAUAUUUUACCAGCCAGCAUUAAGUGGCGAAAAAGGCGUGUUGAAUAACAAUUGGACUAUUGAGUGACUAGGUUUGGUGGCAGCAGCAUAGUAGCAGCUGAAAAAAACAAAGGCAUCCCGAUAGAGAGACUGAGAAUGAAGCGUGAAAUGAACGAUGCAGGGGAGGGACCACAGGACCAGAAGCGCAACCGCCGCAACGAGGAGACCGUACGCAUACUGAUUCCCAGCAGUAUUGCUGGCGCAGUGAUUGGCAAAGGAGGACAGCACAUCCAGAAGAUGAGGACUCAGUAUAAAGCCACUGUGUCUGUCGACGAUUCCCAAGGCCCCGAACGAACCAUCCAAAUAUCGGCGGAUAUAGAGUCCACUUUGGAGAUAAUCACCGAAAUGCUGAAAUACUUUGAGGAGCGCGACGAGGACUUUGAUGUGCGUCUACUCAUCCAUCAGAGCUUGGCCGGAUGCGUCAUUGGCAAAGGUGGACAAAAGAUCAAGGAGAUACGCGAUCGCAUUGGCUGCCGCUUCCUGAAGGUCUUCUCGAAUGUGGCGCCGCAGAGCACGGAUCGCGUGGUGCAGACCGUGGGCAAGCAGAGCCAGGUUAUCGAUGCGGUGCGCGAGGUGAUCACCCUCACCCGGGACACUCCCAUCAAGGGCGCCAUACACAACUAUGACCCGAUGAACUUUGACCGCGUCUACGCAGAUGAGUAUGGCGGCUAUGGAACCGGAAGCGGAAGCACCCGACCCAGUCAGCGGGGCAACAAUCGUAAUGGCGGUGGAGGCGCUGGUGGUGCCGCCGGCGGAGCAGCCGGUGGCAAUGGGGGCGGGGGAUUCAGUGCUGGCGGCGCCCGCGGCAAUGCCGGCGGACGUGGCGGUACUGAUCGCUUCGGCGGUGCCGCUGGUGGAGCCGCUGCAGGUGCUGGAAUGGGACAGCGCGACAAUCCGUUCAUCAAUCCGUGGGCCAACGGUGGAGGCGGCGAUGUCGAUGGUUUUGGCAACACCGGUGGUGGAGCUGGCGGAUUUGCCGGCAACAGUUUCGGCGGAGGAGCUGGCGGACCCUUUGGUGGCGGCAGCUUUGGCAACAAUGGCUUUGGCGGCGGACCCAGUGACUUUGGCGGCAACUCCGGCAACUUUGGCCAGACCCAGGGCAGCAAUACCCUACCAAGCCUGGGCAGCUUUAGCCAGAACCAGGGUGGCACCAGCAGCCUUCCCAGCUUGAGCAGCUUUGGCCAGAAUCCCGGUGGAGCCGGCGGCUUGGGCAACGGAUUGAGCGGCGGCAGUGCUAAUAACGGAGGCAUUGGAGCCCUGGGUGGUGCUAAUGGAGCCGGAGGAUUCAAUGCAGGCGGUGGCGCUAAUGGUGGUCCCAAUGGCAGCCCCAAUGCUGCUGCGAAUGUGCCACAGGGUCAUGAUCCCAACAACAGCACACAGGUCACCAUUCCAAAGGAGCUGGCUGGUGCCAUUAUUGGCAAGGGAGGCGGCCGCAUUCGUCGCAUUCGCAACGAGUCCAGUGCAUACAUCACCAUCGACGAGCCCCUGCCCAACUCGAACGAUCGCAUCAUCACCAUCUCGGGCACGCCCAAGCAAAUACAAAUGGCCCAGUAUCUGCUGCAACAGAGGUUGGUGUCGCAAUCAGACUAAGAACGUACACGAGAAUGGCAGGCGGAACAUUUAAGUGGGCAACAACUUGAACGAACAGCUACAACAGCAAUAGCAACACCAUCGGCAACAACAACAACAA